AAAAAACUAAGUUAGAACAAUGCCUUAUCAUUCUGUCCAGCUUAUUAUUUAUUAUAUUUAUAUGUUUAGUUUUAGCUCUUGUUUAUGGAUGCGGCCGUUCUGGUAUGGAAGACGUUUGCAUAACUGCCAAUUGUUUAAAGCAAGUGAAUUAUAUUAGAGAAAGAAUGAAUGAUUCCGUGGAUCCUUGCAAGGAUUUUUAUCAAUUUGCCUGCGGACAUUACGGUAAAAUUCACGUUACUAACGAAAUCGUGAAGAUUCAUACAGUUGCUAAUGAUGUAGAAGAUGAAGUUUACAGGCUCAUAAGAUAUCAUUUAGAAAAUCAUAAAUCGAUAAAAGGAAGAGAGUUUAUAAAGGCUAGAGAAUUUUAUUCCAAGUGUAGCUCAAAAGUGGAAAGCUUCAAAGAUAUAAAAGAGCUAUCUGAUGCCAUUCUUUCAAAUGCGGAUAAAUACGAUCUUGAGAAAUUAUUUGCUAAAAUAACAACGCUAGGAAGUAAUCCAUUUUUUGAUGUUGUUAUCGAAAAGGAUAAGAAGAAGUACCUUGUGAUUUACAGCAAACCAAAGCCAGAAGAUAAACUUACGCAAUUGAAAGAAGAAGUUUAUUGUGAUAGAUCUAUGACUCAGUAUCAUAAUUCUAGAACUUCCUACCAAGAAAUGAUACGUGCCACAAAAGCCAUACAAGGAAACGAAAAGACUUCCGUAAAAGAUUUAGCAGAAAAAAUGAUUGAUUUUGAAGCACGUCUUGCCACAUCGCUUUCUGAAGUAUCGUGUGAUGACGAUUAUAAAGAUUCGUGUGACGUUGACAAGAAGAAGCAAAACCUGGCUCAUAAAAUUGUAAACAUAUACGCAUCCAACACAAGACCCGAAUAUGUCUUCGUUAACGAUAAUUGUCCAUCGUACAGUGCGGAAGUAUUUUGCAAAUUUCUGAACGAUAGCGUGGCCACAGAUUAUGUCAUUUGGAGACACAUCAUGAGAUUUCUUCCUCUAAUCAGUACCCCUUUUAGAAGAUCUUUUAUGGCUCUCAUUAAAGAUAUGAAUAAAGGUAACAAUAUCUUCGACUAUCCAAGAUAUUUUAUAGAAAAAUGGAAGCAGUGUAUCCACAUCACCAAUCAUAUCUUUGGCAUGGCUCUGGGUACAUUGUAUAGGAAGACAGAAUACGAAGAAGAUGGAGAGAAGGAGAUCAAAGCUUUAGCACAGGCUACGGUAGAAAUUUAUCAUAAUGUACUUCGUUAUCAAGAUUGGUUAGAUGAAGAUGUUGCGGAAAAUAUUCGUGUAAAGUUAGAAGAAUUAAAAAUUGCUAUCGGUGGUCCAGAUUGGUUAACGGAUCGUCAUAAAGUCAAAGAUCUUUAUAUAAAAAUUAAAACGGACAAUCCUAUUGUUUCGACCAUUCUUCAAAAUGAAGAGAACAUUACCAGGAAACAAUCCAUGAAUGAACCGAGAAUUGAAGAAAAUUGGUUUAUCACAACACCUCCAAUCAGUAGUGAAAUCAAAUAUUAUCCUGAUGAUAAUGUCUUAGUUUUGCCUAUGGGAGCUCUUCGUUUUCCUUACUUCAUUCCCGAUUAUUUUAAAUUUGCUAAAUAUAGUAGUAUUGGGACUUUAACUGCUCAAGCUAUCUACUCGAUAUUUAGCAUUCAAGAUAUACUUGAUAGUGAAUUUAAUGGUAAUGUAUCUGAUUACUUCCUGGAUGAGUAUCGUGAGAGGAGGAACUGCUACAAAUAUCAAUACUUUAAUGACACGGGACUGAACGAAGAUAAUAUGAAAGAGGAUGAUAUACGUAACGCUGUAGAAGCUAUCAUACGUGAUAACAUCGCUUUAAAAGCUGCUCUUGGAUUAUACCAGAGAGAUAUGGAUGAGGAGCUUAAAUUACCAAACUUGGAUUAUAACGCUCAGCAAUUGUUCUUUAUACAAUACGCUCAGACUUAUUGCGAAGUAUCUAAUCAAACUGAUUGGACGAAAGGCAAAUAUGUUCAAGCAAAGUAUAGAGUGAAUAAUGCGUUAUCGAACAACGAAAUAUUUUCGGAAGUGUUUUCUUGUUCCGAAACUUCAGCCAUGAACAGGAAAGAUAAAUGUGAAAUGUGGAAAUAAUUUAAAUUUUUUUUUUUGGUGAUAUUUAAAAUAUUUUGAUCUCAACAUUUAUAAAUAAUUCUUGUAUAAAUGAACGAGAGGAAGAUAAAAAGUUCUUAGAAGAUAUUUAAAUAUUGCAAAGAAUAAAAGAAAAUAAUACAAAAUCAAUCGAUCAAUCAGAACCGAUGUGUGUGUGAUAAAACGAAUUUUUUUUUUUUUUUGCUAUAAUAAUCGAUUAUUGGUUAAUUUUAAAUUCAAAUUGACGAAUUAGA